UCCCACCGCUCGUGAGGCAACGCUCCACCACUCAUGAGAUGCUCCAUCACUUGUGAGACAACACUCCCAUCACUUGUGAGCUGCUCCAUCUCUCACAAGAGACUCCAUCGCUCUUGAGAUGCUGCACCACUGGUGAGGCAGCGCUUCAUCACUUGUGAGAUGCUCCAUCACUCAUCAGACAAUGCUCCAUCACUUGUGAGAUGCUGCACCACUUGUGCGCUCCAUCACUCAUGAGAUGCUCCCACCACUCAUGAGACAACACUCCAUGACUUGUGAGAUGCUCCCGCGCUCACAAGAGCCUCCAUCUCUCGUGAGAUGCUGCACCACUUGUGAAACAAUGCUCCAUCACUUGUGAGAUGCUCCAUCCCUCAGGAGACAAUGUUCCAUCACUUGUGAGAUGCUCCGUCACUCGCCAGACAACGCUCCAUCACUUGCGAGAUGCUGCACAGCUUGUGAAACACGGCUUCGUCACUCGUGAGACGCUCCAUCACUCGUGAGAAAAUGCUCCAUCACUCGUGAGAUGCUCCAUCCCUCACAAGAGACUCCAUCUCUCAUGAGACGCUUCAUCACUUGUGACACACUCCAUUACUCAUGAGACAAAGCUCCAUCACUUGUGAGACGCUGCACCACCUGUGAGAUGCUGCACCGCUUGUGAAGCAAUGCCCUGGCACUUGUGAGAUGCUCCACCACUUGUGCAAUAACACUGCAUCACUUGCGAGUUGCGCCAUCACUCACGAGAUGCUCCACCACUCGUGAGACACUCCACCGCUCCUCACAGGCAGCUGCGUGGUCACCGUGGGGAAGGAACAAGGGGCUUCAUGGCCCUGCCAAGGGACAGCAUGCUCGAGGCGCAGGCGUGGGCAGCCUGCUGGGAUGCGGUUUGUGGAGCAGCUGGUGCAGCCAGACGGUGCUUCCCGGCCGCCUGCCGUGCCGGGGGAUGGCAGUGCUGGCUCUGGGCGCUGACGUACGUUAGUGACGAUCUGAGUGAUAACAGAGUUCUUCAUCUGGCUGCCCGCAGCUCUGGCUGCACCGCCCCUGCGGGGAGGGGUAUGGCCCUCGCCGGUCCCCUGGGUGCCUUGGGAAGCGCUGGCUCCUCGGCUGCGCGGAGAGAGUCGCAGACGCCGCUGGGACCGCCGACGAGGCACAACGCUCUUGGCAUGGGGCUCCGGCUCCCGCUGCGCCGGAGCGCCAGCUUCACCCCCGACCACCCUGCCCUCAUGGAGGUGCCUGGCCCCACCGCCCUGAAGAUGGAAGCAAACGUCCUCGUUAUGGGAGCGGACAACGUGGGGAAAUCAGCUCUGACUGUGCGUUUCCUCACUCGGCGCUUUAUCGGGGAGUACGGAGACAUGGAAUUCAUCUACAGCCACAACCUGACCGUGGAUGGCCGAGAGAUUCUCUUCCACAUCUGGGAUGUCCCCAAUUCCCAGGAGCAGGCGGAGGAGGGCUCCUCGGAGGAGAAGCGAAUCCAGUGGGCAGACAGCUUUGUUCUGGUCUACAGCAUCUGCGACCGUGCCAGCUUCAACAUCCUGCCCCUCAAAAUCCAGUUCAUCAAGGCGUCCAAGGAGGGGCAGAAUCAGGAGAAGGUGCCCAUUGUCAUUGUGGGCAACAAACGGGACCUGCACCACCAGCGGGUGGUAUCCAGCGAGGAGGGUCGGCUUCUGGCCCUCUCUUUAGACUGUGGUUUCUACGAGGUCUCUGCAGCUGAGGCUUAUCAUGGGGCCCUCAUGGUCUUCCAUGGACUGGCCGAGCGCAUCCCCGACACCAAACUGGCAAUGAAAAAGGGUACAGGGAUUCGUGGCAUCGUCAAGACCAUGUCGGCUGUGUUCGCCCGCAAGCGAACGGACUCCCUCUGAGCUACGGCGUGGGUGUUGCUUCUCUCUCUGCCUGCCUGGCUAGACCAAGCUUCCUCCCUCGCACGGAGGUGGUGCGUGUGUUUCCAUAAGUACGAUGGGUUCCUCGCUGUCCUUCUAAUGUCAGGGUCUGUGUGUCUUGCCAUACACAGCUGGUGCAGCUGAGGACUGUAGUGCCUUCCUCUUGGCUCCGUGAUGGGGCAGAGUCUCUAUUCUUUGCCAUACCAGCUUUUUAGGUGCCUCCUGCUUUCUCCUUUCGUCCUCCAACACUGGAAACUACCAGGUGAUUUUGCCGCCGCUCCAGGCAGCAUCAUCCCCGUGCUGUUGGUGAGCAGGGAGGACAUGCCGCUUCUGCCGAGCUCCCUGUCCCGCGGCUCCUACCCUGGGAUCCUCAUUCCUGUUUAACGCUCAUCAGGGUCCUCUCUGGUAACCCUGGAGCACCCGUGAGCUGGCAAGGCAGGGGUCUCUCCGCCAAGGAGCCAUUGGCGGUUCCCAUGUGUGGAUCACCGUGUCCGAGUGUCCCAGAGCCCGCAGCACCAGGCUGACCCCAGAAGACCUCGGUGAGGGCUGACACCUCCCAUCCCACCCGCCUUGCUUUUGAACCAUCCUGCUCCUGGUUCUCUCUCCCACUGCUUCCACCGAUUGUAGCAGUUUCCCUUGUCCAAGCGCUGUAUGGGCUGCGCCAGGGAAAAACCAGGCAUGUGGCUCAUUCCCAGGGUGGGGAAUCGCACUGUACGCUUUCCCAAGCCACUCCUUCUGUAAGGCUGCUUGUCCCCGGGGAGAAAGGGAGGUGGGGAAGGGGGUCACCGGGCUCAUCACUGAACCCUUCUGCUGCUGGAAGGUUUUUCCCUGCCUCUCCCCAAACCCUUCCCCUGGUGCGCCUGGGAAAGCAGCGUGUUGUGUGUGCGGUACGGACACUGAUUUCUCUGCUGUGUUCUUCUGGAAAUGCAAUAAAUUGUCUUUGGCAGGAA